AGCAUGUAGCGUUUAGCCGAAUGUCGUGUAGUGUAUGGGGCGCAUGGAUGUCGUGUAGGAUCGUGCGUGGUGCCCUCAUCAGUCAGUAGAGCGGACUCGGAUCGCGCGGACGCGCGGCGUGUCGGUGCUUGUAGUUUUUUAGUUUGACAGUUGGCGCGUUUUUCGUUUUGGUUCAACUUGGUAUUUCUUGUGGAAAUCAUAGAUUUUAAGUUAGUGUAAUCUGUGUAUUUUCUGUUUGAUUCUAAGUGUACGACUAUUCGUUUGUGAAUUUUCCACGCCGGCUGUGAAUUGAGUGGUUGCACGCCCUGUGUACCUACUCUCGUCGUGUUGUGCAGAAAUUUUGUGAUUUCUCUUUCGGAAAUUGUUUUGUGGACUUGCUGCACCUGCUGCCAGGAACGACAUAGUUCGCAGCCUGCAGCAUAAUAGGGAGCCAUACACCGCGGCGGAAAGACGGGUGCGACACGCACUCGUGAGCUAGAGGGUUGUCGGGCGUGGUGCGGGCGGCGGCCGCGAGCCCGGCACCAUGGCUACGGUGGAGGGGCGGCCGGCGCAAUACGGCGUCACCCUACGGCAGCUGCGCGAGCUGAUGGAGUCUCGCGGCGCCGAGGGCAUGGCCAAGAUCAACGCGCUCGGUGGUCCGCAAGAAAUAUGCAAGAAGCUCUACACAUCGCCCACAGAUGGUCUUAGCGGUUCGAAAGCAGACCUGCAGCACAGGCGCGAAGUGUUCGGCUCAAACCUGAUCCCACCAAAGCCCCCCAAGACGUUCCUCACGUUAGUCUGGGAGGCCCUUCAAGACGUGACCCUCAUUAUCCUAGAGGUGGCAGCCGUGGUCUCCUUAGGGUUGAGUUUCUACAAACCGGCAGAUGACCCUUCUGAUGUUGCUCAUCUCGACGAAGAGGAAGGUCACUAUCAAUGGAUCGAAGGUCUAGCGAUCUUAAUAUCAGUCAUAGUCGUCGUUAUAGUUACUGCAUUCAACGAUUAUACGAAAGAAAGGCAAUUCAGAGGGCUCCAGUCUCGGAUAGAAGGCGAGCACAAGUUCGCAGUAAUCCGGGGCAGCGAGGUGAAGCAGGUGCCUAUAAGCGAGAUCGUCUGUGGAGACAUAUGUCAGAUCAAGUACGGUGACCUGCUGCCCGCUGAUGGUAUACUGCUGCAGAGCAAUGACUUGAAGGUGGAUGAAUCCUCGCUGACUGGCGAAUCGGACCAUGUCAAAAAGGGUGAAUCGUUUGAUCCUAUGGUGCUAUCCGGUACACACGUUAUGGAAGGUUCCGGCAAAAUGCUAGUAACAGCGGUCGGCGUGAACUCCCAAGCUGGUAUCAUUUUCACUCUCCUCGGAGCCGCCGUAGACAAGCAAGAGAAGGAAAUCAAGCAGAUGAAGAAAGAAGCUAAAAAGCAGCAACGCAAGUCUACGCAACGCAAGAGCUUGACCGGUGACGAGGACGCCACGCUCCCAGCAUCGGGCAACAGCCACGGCAACCACGCGCGGCCUGACGACAACCACGUGCCCGCCGCGACCAGCGACAAGCCUCCAGCGGAGACCAGCCAUAAGAAGGAGAAGUCGGUGCUGCAGGCUAAGCUUACUAAGUUGGCUAUACAAAUCGGUUACGCGGGCUCAACAAUCGCUGUUCUUACCGUCAUCAUCCUGGUCAUCAACUUCUGCGUCCACACCUUCGUGAUCGAGCAGAAGCCAUGGAAGGCUACCUACAUCAACAACCUGGUGAAGCAUCUCAUCAUCGGUGUCACCGUGCUGGUGGUGGCUGUUCCUGAAGGAUUGCCUCUCGCUGUUACGCUGUCGCUUGCUUAUUCUGUCAAGAAAAUGAUGAAAGACAACAACUUGGUCCGUCACUUGGAUGCGUGCGAGACAAUGGGUAACGCCACCGCCAUCUGCUCCGACAAGACCGGUACCCUCACCACCAACCGCAUGACGGUGGUGCAGUCCUACAUCUGCGAGAAGCUCUGCAAGGUCACCCCGAACUAUAGGGACAUACCACAGGAGGUUGCGGAAACCAUGGUCGAGGGGAUCUCUGUUAAUGCUGCCUUUACGUCUAGGAUUAUGCCAAGCCUGGACCCCACAGGACCUCCAAUGCAAGUAGGCAACAAGACGGAAUGCGCCCUGCUGGGCUUCGUGGUGAACCUGGGCCAGAGCUACGAGGCAGUCCGCGAGCGGCACCCCGAGGAGUCGUUCACGCGCGUCUACACCUUCAACUCCGUGCGCAAGAGCAUGUCCACCGUCAUCCCCUACAAGGGCGGCUACCGGCUCUACACUAAGGGAGCUUCCGAGAUUGUACUCAAGAAAUGCGCAUUUAUCUACGGGCACGAGGGCCGGCUGGAGAAGUUCACGCGCGACAUGCAGGAGCGGCUGGUGCGGCAGGUCAUCGAGCCCAUGGCCUGCGACGGCCUGCGGACCAUCUCCGUCGCAUACCGGGACUUCGUGCCCGGGAAGGCGGAGAUUAACCAGGUGCAUAUAGACCAAGAGCCCAACUGGGACGACGAAGACAAUAUCGUGAACAACUUGACCUGCCUCUGCGUUGUCGGCAUUGAAGAUCCUGUCAGACCAGAAGUACCGGAAGCCAUAAGGAAAUGCCAGAAAGCCGGCAUCACGGUUCGCAUGGUGACUGGAGACAACGUGAACACUGCUCGCUCCAUCGCUAUCAAGUGCGGCAUCCUCAAGCCGACCGACGACUUUCUUAUACUGGAGGGCAAGGAGUUCAAUAAGAGGAUCCGGGAUACUAAUGGAGAGGUACAACAGCAUCUACUAGAUAAAGUAUGGCCGAAACUCCGCGUGUUGGCCCGUUCGUCCCCCACAGAUAAAUACACGCUCGUCAAAGGCAUGAUAGAAUCCAAGGCUUUUGACACCCGUGAGGUGGUCGCUGUGACUGGAGACGGAACCAAUGAUGGACCCGCUUUGAAGAAAGCUGAUGUUGGAUUUGCUAUGGGUAUCGCGGGUACGGAUGUAGCGAAAGAAGCUUCUGACAUCAUCCUAACGGACGACAACUUCUCUUCAAUCGUCAAAGCUGUGAUGUGGGGCCGUAACGUAUACGACUCCAUCGCCAAGUUCCUGCAGUUCCAGCUGACUGUCAACGUGGUGGCCGUCAUUGUGGCAUUCAUCGGAGCCUGUGCUAUACAGGACAGUCCUCUUAAGGCGGUACAAAUGUUAUGGGUGAACUUGAUAAUGGACACGCUGGCGUCUUUGGCCCUGGCCACGGAGAUGCCGACGCCAGACCUGCUGCAGCGCAAGCCCUACGGCCGCACCAAGCCGCUGAUCAGCCGCACCAUGAUGAAGAACAUCCUCGGACAGGCCAUCUAUCAGCUGUUUAUUAUAUUCUCGCUCUUGUUUGUUGGCGACAGACUGCUAAACAUCCCAUCAGGGCGCGGCCAGGCCCUCGGCUCGGAACCGACCCAGCACUUCACCAUCAUCUUCAACACCUUCGUCAUGAUGACCCUGUUCAACGAGAUCAACGCCCGCAAGAUACACGGCCAGAGGAAUGUGUUCCAGGGACUGUUUACCAACCCUAUCUUCUACUCUAUAUGGAUCGGGACGGCGGCUUCGCAGGUGGUUAUCAUCCAGUUCGGUGGCAUGGCGUUCAGCACGGCGGGACUAUCGAUAGACCAGUGGCUGUGGUGCCUGUUCCUCGGCGCCGGCACCCUCGUGUGGGGACAGCUCGUCACCACCGUGCCCACGCGCAAGAUACCCAAGAGACUGUCAUGGGGCCGAGGCCAACCGGAUCCCGAGACGAUCCAGCCGGGCCCCGACUACGACGCGGACCUGGACAAGAAGCCCCGCGCCGGCCAGAUCCUCUGGAUCCGAGGCCUCACGCGCUUGCAGACGCAGGUGAUAGGUGGCGAGUUACAAGAACGAUUGAUUCCCGUCCCCUACAGCAAGACGUCUACCGAUCAAGCUAUCCGCGUGGUGAACGCGUUCCGGCAGGGGCUGGACUCGCGCGGCUCGCUGGCGGACGCGGCGCUGGCCGAGGCGCUGCGCAAGCAGACGGCGCUGGCCAAGCGCUUCUCGCACUCGUCCAGCAUCGACUACGCCGACGCGGCGCGCGACUCGCUGGCGCCGCACGACAUCGACGUGGAGCGCCUGUCCAGCCACAGCCACACGGAGACGGCCGUGUAGCCGCCGCCCGCGUCCGGCGCGCCGGCUGACUGCCCGCCCGACUGCCCGCCCGACUGCCCGACUGCCCGCCCGACUGCCCGCGCCGCAGCUCAUCGAUGCAAUAAUUUAGCGAUUAAUAUCAGUAUUAUGGACGCCGCCGCCCCGACACCGACCGUGCCCGCGCACGAAACUCGAACCGUUACGCUGCCAUCGCUCUAAUUAUAUUAUUAUACAUACGAGUAAUAAUAAUGCUAAACGAUUGUGUAUAAAAUCAUAUUUAUAAAGGUAACGAGGAUGAUCAAGUUUGGUAUUUGAUUUUGAACACGUAUGGUUGAGGGUGCGUGACGAGCCGGGCGCCCGCACUAGUCUCGCAGCCACCAGUGUACUUGAGCAUAAGUUAUAUUGUUAACUAGUGUGUUUAAUUAUUCGAUUGUUUUGAAAAUAUUUUAUUAUUAUACGCGCGCGUCGCGAUGCGCGCGUCUGUUGAACAAAUAAAAAAAAUAUUGUCUAAUUAUUAAUUUUAGAUUUAAGCGCAAGGAUGAGCGAAUGGACGUGUGUUUUUUGAAAAAAAAAAUAAAGUUUUCGCAUACCAUCGUGUCAUCUCUUACACGGAAUGAAAUGUUUUAUAUUGCUUUUGUCAAAGACAUGUUGUGGGAGCGGCGCGGCGGGCGCGCGGGACUCACCUUUUGUAUAAAGUUAUUUCAUUUGUAGCGCUGUCAUCGUUUGUACGUACGCCCAGUGAUAUUACGUCCGCGCGUGCCCGCCGCGCCGCCUAUACAUAUAUAUAUAUAUAUACUUAACUAAAUUAUUGAACUAUUAGUUAAGGUGUUUGUUAUAAAUUUCAAUAACUUUUUUGUUUUACGACCUUUUUCCCCUAAAUCUAAGUAUACAUUUAAGUCAUAUCUCGAAGCGUAGACGCAUAAACAGAAAAGUUUCUACACAAGAACGACAAGCAAACAUUCUUGUGUAAAAACCGACGUAGUCCACUUUGAACAUCUUCAAAAUGUUUCAAAUAGAAAUAAACAUUAAAAUUGUAUAGCUGAAGGUAUUUAUUUGUAAUGCUAGUCUCUUAUGAAACAAAAUACUAAUUAUUCAAUUAUUAUAAUGUACUUAUUGAUUAUUGAUAAAUACUUCAAGUUUAUUAAACAAGAUAUAGUCUACGGUGUAACGAAUUGAUUUGGCAAUUUUUUGUGUAUGAGCAAUAGCGAGGCGCUCCAACUAGGCGACGUAGUAUCGCAGCAGAGGCAUUUUCAACUUAUAUCGUAAGACAUUACUUAUCGAGUUAGUGACGAGUCGACAUCGGCGCCUACUCGCCGCCACGCGGUUUACUAUAAUAUGAGUAUAAAUAAUGAGAAUCAAAACGAUCUAGCGAAUCGGCAAUGUUCAAUUUUGUAUAGAACGUUUCAUAGUAGCGGUAUUUGAGAGUUGUUACGUUUUAUUUGUGAGCUCGCGAGGCCCGCCCCGCCCGCCUCAUCCACGACAGUGGCGCGACAACUAUUAAAACUAUUAAACAAUCUUGUAAGUAAUUAAGUAUUAGCUUCGAAUCAAUAAAGCCUUUUUAAAAAAAAUUAGUUAAAAAAUGAAACUAUUGAAACUUCACAAUGUUUAAAUAAAAUAAUAUUAGUUAUGAUUUCAGUGAUUAGAGAGGUCAUGGUAUCGUUUUGUGUAUUAUAUAAUAUUGUUUCGUUGAUAUUCGUUACCACGAGUUCCCCAAUGAAAGACAUAAAUAAUUAGGAGUCGAUCGUUGUAGAGGUGCGCACAGGCGCAACCCUUACCUAACAGACAAUUUGUUUGACACGACAGUCUGCCACUAACCAUUUUAGCUGAUAAGUCCCAUUGUUGUAUUUUUCGUCUCACAAUAAAUGAAAAUCUAUUUUAUUGUUUUUA